CGCGCACGCACGACGUAGUGAUGUAGUGUUUACGUCCAGCCAGCCAGUGGAUUGUCACUGCAGCGCGACCCUCCAUCUAGACACUUCUAGUGUUCUUUUGAUAUUUUCUUAAUAGUGAUGCGCGAGGAUGUGCAUAUUUCCAACAUGGAAUGACUGUAUUUAUAUUUUUUCUCCAGGCUGUCUUGCAGCAACAACUGGAACAAGGGACACUGAUGCUAAAGCUAGCUAGCAGCGCUACUUAGCUAGAGGCUUUGAAGCAGCUUUAACACGGCGACAGCUUUUGCGUGGCGUCGGCGUUAAGCCUUCAGCUGUCGUCGGCUGUAACUGAUGUGUAGCUAUAGUUACUGCCUCCCAGUGGUGGAAAAAGUAUUCAAAUCUUUUAACGAUUCCUUGAGUGGUCUGAGAGCUCUGAGCUGCUCUCCAGGCAGUAUGGCCCCCAAGGACAUCAUGACCAAUUCCCAUGCCAAAUCCAUCCUUAAUGCCAUGAACUCUCUCCGCAAGAGCAGCACACUUUGCGAUAUAACAUUAAGGGUGGAAAAUACUGAUUUUCCAGCUCACCGGAUUGUAUUAGCAGCCUGCAGUGACUAUUUCUGUGCCAUGUUCACCAGUGAGCUUGCAGAAAAGGGAAAAUCCUUUGUAGACAUCCAGGGGCUGACUGCAUCCACAAUGGAGAUCUUGUUGGACUUUGUCUAUACAGAGACAGUGCAAGUUACGGUGGAGAACGUGCAAGAGCUGCUCCCUGCAGCAUGCUUGCUGCAACUUAAAGGGGUGAAACGAGCAUGUUGUGAUUUUUUGGAGAGCCAACUUGAUCCAACCAAUUGUCUGGGAAUCCGCGACUUUGCCGAAACACACAAUUGCCUCGACCUGAUGCAAGCUGCUGAGCUCUUUUCCCAGAAGCAUUUCUCUGAGGUGGUUCAACAUGAAGAGUUCAUGCUGCAGAGCCAGACAGAAGUGGAAAAGCUUAUAAAAUGUGAUGAAAUCCAAGUAGACUCAGAGGAGCCGGUAUUCGAAGCUGUGCUAAACUGGGUCAAACACAACCGAAAAGAGCGAGAGCCUUAUUUGCCAGACAUGCUGGAGUUUGUCCGGAUGCCAUUGCUGACCCCCCGCUAUAUCACAGACGUCAUUGAUGCAGAGCCCCUGAUUCGCUGCAGCCUGCCUUGUCGAGACCUUGUGGAUGAAGCCAAGAAAUUCCACCUGAGACCAGAGUUGAGAAGCGAGAUGCAAGGCCCACGCACACAAGCUAGAUUAGGUGCCAAAGAAGUCCUUUUGGUGAUUGGCGGCUUUGGCAGCCAGCAAUCACCGAUUGACAUUGUGGAGAAAUAUGAUCCGAAAACUCAGGAGUGGACUUUCCUACCAAACAUUGCGAGAAAGCGGCGUUACGUUGCCACCGUGUCUCUCCACGAUCGAGUCUAUGUGAUUGGAGGUUUUGACGGACGGUCCAGGCUCAGCUCCGUGGAGUGUCUGGACUACACGGCAGACGAGGAUGGCGUUUGGUACACUGUCGCCACCAUGAAUGUGCGCCGUGGCCUAGCUGGAGCCACAACGCUUGGAGACAUGAUCUAUGUUGCCGGCGGUUUUGACGGCAGCCGGCGUCACACCAGCAUGGAGCGAUAUGACCCAAACAUCGACCAGUGGAGCAUGCUGGGAGAUAUGCAGACAGCUCGAGAAGGCGCUGGUCUGGUGGUGGCCAGUGGACUGAUAUAUUGUCUUGGAGGCUAUGAUGGACUUAAUAUACUGAAUUCAGUGGAGCGAUACGACCCCCACACGGGCCACUGGACGAGCGUCACCCCAAUGGCCACUAAGCGCUCAGGGGCAGGCGUGGCUUUACUCAAUGACCACAUAUACGUGGUGGGAGGCUUUGAUGGGGUUGCCCACCUGGAUUCUGUUGAGGUCUAUAACAUCAGAACCGACUUUUGGACCACCGUGGCUAGCAUGACCACACCUCGAUGCUAUGUAGGAGCAACUGUCCUCAGAGGACGACUGUAUGCCAUCGCUGGAUAUGACGGAAACUCUCUUCUCAGCAGUAUCGAAUGUUACGAUCCGGUGAUCGAUUCCUGGGAGGUGGUUACCUCCAUGGUGACGCAACGGUGCGACGCAGGAGUCUGUGUUCUGCGAGAAAAGUAAUUUUUGCUUGAGAAAUACGUCAACCACAAGUGGGACAGUCCCAUGAAGAAAAUGCAGGCAGCAGGCAGCUCGACUUGGCUACAAUGCCAGUAGAACAGACAUUUGUUUUUCUUUUUAUAUUCAGCUGCCCGAUGAAGGGAAUUUCCAAAAACUAAGCUCUCAUUGGUUGGACAUUCAACCCUCCGCCACUUCAGAGGUGGAGCGCGGCCACGAAGGAUUUACGAAGAGCCCACCGCCACCUGCAUGACCCUCUUGAGUGGCGCUGGUGUUUAUCUGUGAGAUUAUUUUUGUCCUCAAAGUGCAAUAUAUUAGUACACAUCAUCAGAAAGAGAUGCUGCUAAACGCCUUAUGACUCUAGCUUGCGUCGCACGGUGAACAUUCACGUUGCCUCUCGGUUUAAUGGGCCGUUUGCUUGUUGCUUAGCAUUUGCCAGGUUAUGAGCAACCCUCUUUAGCAUUCUCUUUGUAAGACUCGGAUGCCUAAAAUGACUUCAUACACAUUUAAGAUAGAGUUUUAGAAAAGAACUGAAUUAUUUUCUCUUUGAUUCGUGACCUCUAUUUGAGGUACGCGUCAUUUGUUUCCCUCAAGCAUUUCAAGUUGAAUAUGUUUACUUCAAUACUGUUGCUCGGAAAGACAAUAAACAGUAAAUCUAAAGU